AUGCUGCCUCUGAUCUCCCGCCCUACACUCGCUUCCACUUCCCGCCUGCUCAUACGGCACGCCUCUCAGCCGUCCUCCAACCCGCACCUCGCAGUCCCCAGCGACUCCCGCACAGACACUAUCCGCCAGACCCUCUACCCCCCUACCGCUCACAAACCCUCCUCUGCCUCACCGACAGGCGCAUACCACCCACAAUACGUCGAGCGCGUCGAAGCCGUCGUGGCAGACUCGGAAGCGCAUGAAACAAUAGAACGCGCGUGGAAGCUUUUCCAGCGAGAAAAGCGCGCGAAGCAUGCUGCGGCAUUAGAGGCGAAAUUAGCGGCGAUGGUGGAUGCGUGCGAGGAGCUGGAUAGGGUCACGAGUGGGGAAGGAGGGGUGGGAAGACAUGUCUUUGAGAGGGCGAUGGCGAGGGCAAGCUUUAGUCCGCCAGAAGAUAUCAAGGGGAAGAAGGGGAGCGAGGCGAGAUUUUUGGAGGUGAGGCUGGAAGGGAUGUGGCCGAGGGAGAGCUGGGUACCGACGGAGACGAGAGGGAAGGGGUGGAACUAUGAGUGGAAGCGACCGGGGACUGGGGGUAGCUUGACCAAGCAGUGA